GCGUGUGUGUGUGUGUGUGUGCGUGUGCGCGUGCGUGCGUGCGUGUGUGAAGCAUUAGAGCAGCAGCGUGUUUGUUGGGAGGAGAAGCUCUGGAGAUCCAUGAGUGACUUUUCCACGCCUGUGAUCAGAGUUUAUGAACGCAGCCGCUCGUGGAACUUGAUUUCAGUCUGUGAUUGUGUAAUUGUGUGUGUGUGAUGUUGGAUCAUCAGUGUUCUCGAGCCAUCGAGGUCUUUAUUCCGUCUCUCAUAAGGGAAGUGGACGAGAUGGGAAAAUUGCGCAAACUCUUCAGGGUGGAGAUUCUUUUCAAUGGAAGGAAACACUUUGUUUUACGGCGGCAGAGUGAAUUUCAGACGCUUCACAGGAAGUUGAAAAAGAUUCUGCGAGCUCCUGAUUUUCCUAGUAAGAGAAACCAGCACCUGCGGACCAAGCCACUGGAGCAAAGACGACAGGAACUGGAGGACUACAUACAGGUGAUUCUGUAUGAAAAUGGAGCUGUUCCUCAAGAGCUCCUGGACUUUCUGCAGGUCAAACAUUUUCAUUUAGUGAGCAAGAACUGCAGCUCAGAUGAAAACCAGUCAGAUGACUCUCAAGAGGGAUACAGGUUUCAGUUAUUUCAUCAGCGAGUGGUUGGUUUCUCAGCCGACCCUUACCAGCUAGAAUCCAGCUCAGACCUCCCUGAUAUUGUGGUGGCUGGUGUCAUGCAGAGUAUGUAUCCUAGAGACGUCAGAGUGAGUUUUAAAAAGAGCUGCAGUAAACCCAACAGUCCUGUGGGCCUCACCUGUGCACCAGAGUUGCCCACGAAUCCCAGAAUUCCUUCUAUUACCAUCAACAAGAUCAACGUCAACUCGCUGCCAGAGUCACAGAGAAGAUGAAUGUAAUCGUUUCAGUGUUAACAAUCAAUGCCACAGGUGAAAGUGUAGAAAGUAGCGAUAUCGACCAUCGAUUCACAUUUCAUUUUUGGAUGAACAAUCUAUUUAAGGGCAAAUCACCUUAAUUUCAGGAAAUGUCUUAAGAGGUCUCAUUUAACCCCUAAUUCAAAGGAAAAAUAUCAAAUUGUAUUUGCAUGAAAAAUUAAGCUUAUUUUAAGGACCAUUAAGAUUUUUUUUUUGCAUCAUUACAUUAUUUUCAUUACAGUUAAGUACCCUCAACUGCAUUUGUUAUGCGAAAAAAAUAUAUACAUUUACAUUUUAAAAAGAACUAGUUGCUGCACUUCAUGAAAUUCAUGCUAAAGUUAGACAACAUUUGUAUCAAGACCUGAUGACUUUCAUUUCUGUAUUAAACUUAUUGUCAUGAGGAAAAUAUGAUUCAUGGGGAGGCAAAAUAUAUCACAAUGUAAAAAAUCUUAAUAGUCCUAAAAAUAUACCUUUUUUUGCUAUUCACCCAUUUUGUUCAUGUAUUUACCAUGAAAAUGUUAUACAAUGAUAAUUGUUUUAACUGCAUUAAGACAACUUUUUAUAGUUUUAAAGCAGUAUUUCUAUUAAAUAAGACUGUAUCAUUGAUUUUCCAAGAUGUUUCCAAAAAUAAAACCAAGACAAGGUAUUUAUUAAAAAAAACAGGAAAACCACU